AUGCUCGCGACGCAAUUGACACGCGCGAGCCGCGUAUUGCGUCGGCCAUCGGCGCGCUUCGUGGCAACAGCAGACAAGCCGUCCAAGCCAUCGUCUCGUGCUUCGAACAAGUCGCCUGUGUCGUCUACGGCCCCGAAGGUGCGCAAGAAAAAGACGUUCCAGUUCUCCGACAAAGACGCAAAGCCGACGACGACGCCGCUGGAAGAAUUCGCCUACCCAUCGUACUGGGACGUGGACUUCCCGUCGGACUUUGACAAUGACAUGAAGCACGAGGUGGAGAAGCUGCAGAUCUUUGCAGACUUCACCCCGUACUUGGACUUGUCGUGGCAGCAGCAGAUCCAUCCGCUGUUUGACGGGGCAGCCAUUAACAUGACGCUCAACUGCCCGCUCGAGGACUUUGACGAGCGGCUCUUUAUCGAUGACAGAAACACGUACGACACCAAAGUGGUGAUGGAGGUGCCUAUGACGUGCUUCAAGGGGCUGAAUAUGGAGGCAAAGGACAUUGUGGUGCAGCUCGCUGGUCCGCGGUACAAUGCCAACAAAAAAAUGAUAAAGAUCGCUGAGGACCGCUACAACACGCGCGUGUUCAACCAUAAACGUAUCUGCGAUAUAUUGCGUGACCUCACUCAGACAGCACUCGAGCUAAGCGGACAGGCGAAGGAGACCGACGAGCCGAAGAUGGAGGACACGCAGUAA